GUGACGCGUUCCAGAGUUCUGGACUAUUGUGGCCGCCGGCACGCGGUGGACCGGGGGCGCCCGCCUGUCCACACCAUGGCCAAGGCCCGGGUGUCUUCUGUGCAGUACGAGCCUCCCGUUUAUCAGUGUGUGGUGCGGCUGGGCCAGUGCCUCCGGAGGUUCUGGAACGUCCACGUCAUGAGCUUUUUCGGAAAGCAGGAGGAGGAAGAGCGUAUCCCCCCAGGGCAGAGUAUUUUUCACAAAGAAAAGAUCGUGGCACUUGGCCAGAUGUUGAAGAACAAAUUCCUGACCAUCGAGGAGAGGGCUCAGGCCGCCCACAGGAUCGGACUGCUGGCCUUCACAGGAGGACCCAUGGCCGGGAGGUUUGCGGCCGAGUACAUGAAAGAGGUGGCGCUCUUGCUGCAGAACGCCCAGGUGGCCCCGAAGACGAGGAUCCUGCUGCUCCAGAGCGUGGCCUGCUGGUGCUACCUGAACCCCAUCACCCAGAAGAGGGCCAAGUUCCUGAAGCUCGUCCCCAUCCUCACGGCCAUCUUUGAUACCGUCCCUGAGUCGGCCAGCAAGAACGUCAACAGCAGCCUCCUGCUCAAGUUCUGGGCCUGCUACACCCUGUCCGUCAUGACCUGCAACAACGUGUCCUACAUGGAGGAGCUGAGGGAGUACCAGAGCCUCAAGCACCACCUGCAGGCGCUGUCGCGGGAGAACUGGGAGGGCUGGCCCGAGAACUUCGCCGAAGUGCUCUACUUCCUCAUCGGCUUCCACAGGCACUGACGCCUCUCCGCCCGGGGCCCCGCCGUCGGGCCCCGGAACACGGAAAUAAACGACCGAAGCCCA